AUGGACGAUGCCGUGGAAGACGGCGGCGACGAUCCGUGGCUGGGCAGUGGAACGGGUGACGCGGCCAGUGGCUCAAACCGCGAUCAGCUUACCGCCCAAGUGGCCGCCUACAUCUUGUUUUCAAUUGUACCGUGCGCCAUGAAUCGCCUGAUCUUGGCGCUUACUCUGAGUUUCGCAUGUGCGGAGGACUGCGUGGCUCCUGUGACGGCUCCAUCCCUGUUGCAGAAUGGACAUACUUCACGGGCCGUGCUGUGGAAGCACGGCACAAGGAGUGCAAUCAUGGCGCCCACCACGAGCUCUGGAUUUGUAUCGAUCCUCGUUUCGUCUUUGUGGGCGAUCGGUGUUGCAGCAUCCGUCAUUGCCAUUGGAGUUGUGGCCACCCGCCGGGGCAUCAUCGAUCUUUCAGUUCGGAAGGCGAUGGGAGCGAUUACCAUGAAGCUGGCAAUUCCAGCACUUCUGUUUUCUCGGAUCUUGUAUUGCGACCAGUGCAACACGGGUGGAAAUCAGUGUGCACCAUGCCAGCCCUUCCUGAGCAUCAUCCUCUCCAGCUGGAUCCUCUUUCUUUUGCCGAUCGUUGUAGUAGGGCCAGGGGUGCUGCUGGGAAAAGCAGCGGCUGCGCUCUCAUCUGCACCAGAGGAUUUUGCAAGAGGCACGGUUUGCGCUGUGGCUUUCGGCAACUCGACCGGCUUGCCGAUUGUACUCUUGUCAGUGGUAUCGUUGGGGAGCUCCGCUUCAGGGAAUAUGGGCAACAUGGACCCGCUUUUGCGCCUCCCUGUCUACCUGCCACUAGCACUGGUGCCUCCAGUUAUCGCCGCACUCCUCGGCCUGGUUGUGGGCUUAUCCCCUGUCCGGGCGUGGAUGGUCGAUGUCUUUGACCAGGAUAACGAUGCUCCCCUGACGUGGCUCUACGAUGGAAUCUACAAGCUGGGGGACGCCGCCGUGCCCUUGAACCUCCUCAUCUUAGGGAGCGCGCUCUCCAAAGGUGCGAACUUUGAGGUUCUGCCAAUGCGAGUCGGGUUUGCCAUCGUGCUCAGCAAAUUGGUGCUCAUGCCGCUGUGCAUGAGCGUCGUGGUCUAUGGGCUCAUCCGCAUUGGGCCCAAGGAUCCUUCUUUGUGGCUCGUCGCCCUGAUCGUCAGCUGCACACCGACCGCCAACAAUGUAGCAGUGAUGGCCGAAUCCGGUGGGCAGAACAAGGACGCCAUGUCCACGGCGAUCUUCCUGCAGUACUUGGUGGCGCCCUUGUGCGUGGCGACGUCAAUCGCCUACUUCAAUAUGAUCGAAUAUGCAAGAGGAUAUAAGGGCAUCCUCACCGAGCCCAAGGACUUGCGAUCCCUGCAGGAUGAGGACCCCUAUGCUAGGAAAGACCGGAAGGCCCUCAAGUUAUGCGCGGCCACAGUUGCCGCUGUAGCAACUCUGCUGACCCAGGACCUCAGUCGCUUUUCCGCAGCUCUUUGCGAAGCAAUGGGCUCUUGCGCGAAGUUGUGGUCGGUGCUGGCUGUCUACGGAGCCUUCGCAAUUGCCUCAAAUGCCAGCAAGUGCUUGUUGGAUGGUGUUCCCGAGAGCAACCGGAGGUACAUCCAAGACACCAUGGGGAACAAUGUGCCCAUCCGUAUUAGUGUGGGUGAUUGGGCAUCUGCUGAGAUAGCCUCUGUCCUUGCCAGAAUCUUUCUCAAUGAAGUCCUUGGAUAUCAUGCUGUGAUUCUUCCAGAAAGACGACUCACCAGCAUUACAGCCUUCCCACUGUUGGCCGGCUGUGCUGACUGGGACUGCACGGAACAGUCGGAACAAGGCCACGUGGCUUUGGAAGUGUGGGUCACCGGGAAGAAUGCGGAGUUGCAACAGUUCGACGAGCAGAACCCCGGCAAGGGCCCUGAAGACUUGGGCUCAAUCGGUUACACUGGUCACAAUGCCUUGUGCAUCAGUGGAGCAGUGAGGGAUUCUGCCUAUGGAGAGGUCGGCUUGGCCCUUGAGUUCUACAAAAGCUACAACCUGUCUUACCAUCAGGCCCAGAACUUUUUCGACCCGCCCUUCGCGCUGGAAGUGGAGGACUUCCUGCCCUGCAACACCAGCUACGCACGAUGGACACGGCAGGUGCAGCUGGAGGCAUAUCUUCACUGGACUGGCGAUACAGAAGGCGUGUCAAACACCAGCGGAAAGCUGCAAGCUCAUUGCCCAUAUGGCCAUUUCUGGCUUUCGCCUGCCUGCCGCGAUGAUCUGGCGAAGUGCAUUCCGCUCGUAACUGCGGGUGAUGGCUGGAGCGUUCACGUCAUCAUGCAGUGGGCAUUUUUCCAUGGUAUGCCCGUGGCCAUGGGGAUUGCAAAGGAUUUCGGCCUGUAUGCUGGAUACGCCUCAAGCGCUCGCACGCUUUUCUAUUGCUGGCUUCCGGAUGCCACCCACGUUCAUCUCGACCCCUCCUUGGUGCAGUUCCCGCGCCAUGAGGCCAGUGAGUGGGAGGUCUCCAAGUACAGGACCUCCGACGCAGAGAGUCUCAUCACCAAAAUGGUCUCGAGGGACCUGAGGUCGAAAGCACCCAAAGUGGUGAAGUUCCUUGAGAGCUUCGAGCUCGACCUGUCAGGGAUGCAGCACCUCCUCUCCGAAACAGCCACCGGGUCGGUGGAGACAGUUGCCUGCGAGUGGGUGCGGUCGCAGCGGAGCCGAUGGCAGCAGUGGGCCAACUCAGAAGGCUAUGGCUUGGCUGGCGGGCAAGGUGCUCACGUGGAGAACCGAUCGCAAGCCACGGGCUGCAGCCUCUGCACGGCUGGCAAGGUCUCAGAGCCGUUCAGCGAUGAGCACGGGUCAACCUACCGCUGUGUUCCUUGUGAGCCCGGUACUUCCCAGAGCGCCCUCGGGGAGACACUCUGCGUUCCCUGCGACCUGGGGACCUACGCUGGCCAAUCGGGCAGCGCCUACUGCAGACGCUGCGAACUGGGGCGCUAUGCAAAUGUCACAGGAGCCUCCGGCUGCAUGGCGUGCGGUGGCGGCAAUCACUCGACCACGACCCGGUCCGUACAAGCUGAUGGCGCAACGAAGUGGAUCGAGGUGGAUGGUGCCACAUCGAAGAGCUUGUGCGGCUGUGUGGCGGGCAGGUACUUGAGCCCUGAGGGGCUUUGCGCCCUGUGCAUCCGUGGCUCGCGCUGCCCAGGGUCAAGUCAGGUGGAGCUCCUUCCGGGGUACUUCUCAUCAGCUGCAGAGCCGGGAAGCGUUUUUCAAUGCUUCGGUGAUGCCGCCCGUUGCCCAGGCGGUGCACCAGGAACCUGCGCCGGUGGUCGGGAUGCCAACUCGGUGACCUGCGAGGAUUGCCUCCCAGGCCUUCAGACCUACAGUGACGGCUCGUGCGGACCUUGCACGGGCACGUCCUACGCUCUCAUACUCUUUGCGGCCGUUGCGGUGGUGGUUCUCAACGCCGUACUCUACAUCUCACUGGAUCUUGGCGUGGACCGGACAACUCAGGAGGCUCACAUGUCAAUCUUUGUCCUGGCUAUGACCCAGUUCCUAACCGUGGCACAGCAGCUCGCGGUCAUCAAUCAAUUUGGGAUCGCAUGGGAGGAUCCCGUGGGUCGCAUCCUCAACUCCUUCGAGCUCAUGGGGCUUGAUCUGGACAUGCUGGCCAUCUCCUGCCUCUCACACAUGAGCCCGGUGGCGAGGUAUGCCUUGAGCACCUCGGCAGCCCCGAUCUGUGCGUUCGUGGCUUUGAAUGUGCACCUCGUGGCCCUUGUCGUCCGGAAACGUCGGGCUGUGGACUUGGGAAUGAGCCGACUUCUGCGCACGGUGGGCUCGCUAUUCAAGAGCUUCUUCAUCGCCAUCUUCGCCGCCAUACUUGCGCCUUUCCAGUGCAACGAACAUCCGAAUGGCAUGUUCACAAUGCAGAAGUACAACUCCAUCUUCUGCAGCGGGCAAGACCAGCAUCUCACCAUGAGCAUCAUUGGUGCGCUGGCCUCCCUCAUGCCCCUCGGCUUCCUCGUGCUCAGCAUUUGGGUCACUUGGGUGGAACUUCCAAAGCGCCUCAUCCGCGCAGACGCUGCCUAUUUCCGAGCCUGCACCUUCUUGUGGUCGCAGUUCCGGCCAGGAGCAGAGAUUUACUCGGUGUUAUACCUUGCCAGAAAUGGUCUGAUUGCCGUGGUGCCCGCGUUGCCAUCGACGUCUGUUCAGAUCGUAGCGAUGAAUGUGAUUCUUUACACCAGCUCGCUCGUUGUUUCCUUCGUUCAGCCGUGGCGCUCGAGGGCUGGUAAUCUUUUGGACGUGAUGCUGCAUGUUAGCCUACUGGUGGUGCUGGACAUAGCUUCUGCCUUCGCCCGGACCGAAGAUGCCGGGACAUCAGUGGCCAUUUGCUUGUUCUUCCUUCUGCACAUGAGCUUGGCCAUCGUCACUGCGGCGGCCUACGGCGUCCUGCUGCAUGUGGCUCGCUUGCAUCGAAAGCCCUGGCGCUUCUUCCUGUCCCACCAGAAGAGCACUGCUGGAGCCUUUGCGCGGUUGCUUAAGACCCAGCUACUUAAGCGAAGCUCCCGCUUCACGACCUUCAUGGACACCGACGAUCUCCGGGAUCUUACGGAGCUGUUUGGCUUCGUGCGAGACACCCACACCCUCGUCAUUCUUGCAAGCCCCGGCAUCCUCCAGCGGAAAUGGUGCAUCGGCGAGGCUGUCACUGCCAGGCUGUCGGAUGUCCACGCGGUGAUGGUGCGAUGGCCGGAAUUUCAGGAGCCGGACGAGCACUUUCGGGAGAACCUGACCUUCGCGAUUCCUGGGGUUGAAGUCUUGACCAGCUACAGCCUCUCCCUAGAGGAUGUGUCGGAGACCUUGAAAUGGAUCGGCACCAUAGACUCCUACGCCAUGCCCGCCACGCUGAAUUUGCAGACCUUGGCUCGUCUCUGUGACUCUUUGACGCGGACUGUCGCCCCGCAUUCUGUGUCUCAGGAGGCUCAAUACCCGGAUUGCCUCCUGCUGGUGGAUCCUGACAAUUUGGAAGCAGUGGCCACGACAUACGUUCUCUACGAGCUGCUCCUCCGCGCGGUGAACAAAACGCUGACGUGCUCCUUGCCACACGUGCUCAGCAAAGGCCAAGGCAUUCCUGCUAGCACCGUGACAGCACUUCUGAUGUGUUCCACGGGCUGCCUGUUUUCUUUCCAUCUUUCGAACUGGAUUCUCGACGUGGUUGAGUUGGGUUGCUGUGUCAUCCCUGUCAUCGCCGAGCCUGGCUUCGCAGUUCCAACGGACUUCAGCUUCAGGCAGAGCCAAGCUGAUGGCGAAAGGACGCUGGACUACAGCGCGGUCGUGCAAACGAUCUUUAAAGAGAUCGCAACGGUCUUCGCCCCUCAGGCCUACUCCAGCACUCAGGAGGACUUGCAGCUGAGAGCAAAGCAGAUUGCCUACCGCCUGCAGUCGAAGACGCUCAUGCCCCGAUCGAGACUCACACCGCAGCCCUUGCAGUUCCGAGGUGUCAGUCGAAGGCACCCGCCAUACGAGGGCCUUGGAUUUAUUGAGGUGACUGGGUCUGUGGAAGAGCCUCUGGAGGGAUCCACGGACAGCGCCGACUUCGAACUGUUCGGGUCAGAACGGAGCGAACACCUAGAUGACACCGACCAAGUGAGAAAGCUACAUCGCGUAGGGCCGGCUGCCGAAGAAGUGGCUUUUCAGACAGCCGACGCCGUUCUGUCUGUUUAA